CAAACAAACAAUUAGUAGACUUGUGAAGAAAUAUAAAAGCAAAUCUCCAUACCAAGUACUUCUAUAUAUUUUGAAGCUCUUGAAGCAAUUCUGUUCAAUACUUUUUGUUCUUAAUUCUGCCCCUUUUUUGUUGUAAUCUUUUCAGUUGACCCACAAAAAUGGAGCUCUCAAUCUCUCACUCUUCCCUUAGACUACCGGCUAUUAUCCCUCAACGCUGCAAGGCCUCCUCUCAUGAGAAAAGAUUGUUUUCAAUUAAGCCCACAACCAAAAAUAUCAAAUCCUCAGACUUUCCUUCAAAUUGCUCCACGGCCAAUAAAUUGAUCUUGCCCCUUGGGCUCUAUGGAGAAAGGAAGCUCUCAAAAUCCUUGUUGUACGGUCAACAUAGGCGCACUAGUUCUACUAUCCGGGCAUCCGCUGAAGCUCAUGAAUCCGCCAACAAUUCUGAUGGGACAUUUGCGAAAUUUUCAAAAUUUGGAUCUGCUUUAUAUAAAUUCCUAAGGAUCUAUGCACUGAGCCAUACAAUUGUGUCGACCGUUUCUUUGUUUGCAAGAGUGUUAGUUGAGAACCCACAUUUGUUCAAAUGGUCUUUGGUACUUAAGGCAUUCCCUGGCUUGAUUGCUAUGACGCUUGCUAACGCUUACUAUAUCGGCAUUAAUCAAAUUUAUGACGCUGACAUUGACAGAGUAAAUAAGCCUUAUCUACCUAUACCAGCAGGAGAACUUUCACUAAAACAAGCAUGGAUUUUAGUGAUAUCUUUCGCAGUAGGUGCCUUGUCGAUUUUACGGUUGAUGAACGCAGACUGGAUCACUACAUCCAUCUUUUGUUUUGGUCUUUUCUUGGCCCACUUCUAUUCUGCUCCUCCACUUAGAUUCAAGCAAUCUCCUAUUGCAACAUCUAUUGUGAAUCCAUUGAAUGCAGGUGUCGUUCACAAUCUUGGUCUAAUUUAUGCAACCAGAGCUUCCCUUGGACUUCCAUUUGUGUGGAAUCCCUCGACUUUUUUCAUCGUCAACUUUAUAACACCGUUUUUUCUGGCUAUUACCAACUUGAAAGAUCUCACAGACAUGGAAGGUGACAGCAAGCACAAUAUACGAACUUUACCAACCAUAUAUGGACCUAGAAAAAUUACAUUCUUUUUCGUUGGGAUGCUUCUGACACAUUACGCUGCUGCUGCGUUGGCUGGCAUUUUACUGCCUAAGGUUUUCAAUCCCUAUGUAAUGGCGCCCGCUCACGCAAUCUUGGGUUUGUUGUUAUUUUUAAAGACAAGGGAGUUGGACAAAGCAAAUUACACAGUGGAAGCGAGCGAAACUUUCUAUAAAUUUAUUUGGAAGAUUCUUCUUUUGGAGUUUGUCAUAUUUCCUUUCAUAUAAGCUAAACUGAAAAUCAACAUUUUUUUCCUUUAUGCUUUAGUACUGGAGAGAGAGAAACAAAAAGAGUUCUGUAAUAGUGUUAAAUAUAUUGUUGCAUCUGUUUCUUGAAUAAAAUUACGUACCCACAACAAAUUUUGUGACUAUUGUAAUCGUUUGAUGCAACAGAUAUUAAUUCCUUAUUUAUAGUAUAAUUAAAUAAAAGAACUUUCUUGAUGAA